GCCCCAUCGCAGGCUGCAACGACUGCCCACAACACAGCACAGCCCAACGCCACAAUGGGAAGCGACGCCACCGAACCCGGCCUGCCCAGGCGGUGCAUCUUCGACGAGUCCGACAUGGAGGCCUUCCGGGCCUCCCCCACCCGGGCCGAGCUCCUGCGGUUCGCCGAGGCCCUGGGCGCGGCCUGCGCCUCCCCCCCCUCCGGCCCUUCGGACCCCCUCGCGGGCCUGCCCCCGGCGAUGGCCUGCCUGCACGGGGCGCUGGAGGAGGCGGCCGGCUGGGUGGACGAGAUCCCCCCCCUGGCCGCCCCCCCGGGAGGCCUGCGCUUCGGGAACCCCUCCUUUCGCGGCUGGCACGGCCGCCUCGAGGAGCGGUCGGGGGCGAUCCUGGGGGCGAUCCUGCGGACCGGGGACCGCCCCUCGGCGGAGGAGGCCCGCGCCAGGGGGAGGGACGCCGCAGCGGGGAGGCCGGYCAAGGGAGGAGGCGGCGGGAAGCACCGAGACGAGACGGACCUUCUGGUCCGCCAGGUGAAGCCCUACCUGCUGGGCUCCUUCGGGCACCCGGUCCGGCUGGACUACGGGACGGGCCACGAGUCCUCCUUUCUGGUCCUGCUGCUGGUCCUCUCCAAGGCGGGGUGCCUCGGGAGCCAGGCAGCGGCGGAAGCAACAGAAGCAGCAACCGAAGCAGAAGCAGCGACCGAAUCCGCAACGACAGAAGCAACGACAUCCAACAGCACUACCAACACCAACAGCACUACCACCACCAACAACAACACCUCCUCGCCGCGGCGGACCCUCCGGGCCGUCGCCCUGUCCCUCUUCGACCAGUACCUGAGGGUCACGCGCCGCCUGCAGACCGAGUACCGGCUGGAACCGGCCGGCAGCCACGGCGUCUGGGGCCUCGACGACUACCACUGCCUCCCCUUUUACCUCGGGGCCUGCCAGCUGGUGGGUGCCUGCGGUGCCUCGGUCGCCCCGCGGGAGCUCCACCUCCCGUCCUGCAUCAACGACGGGCCCGUYCUGAGGGAGCACGGCGACGCCUACCUCUACCUGGGCUGCAUCCGGUACGUCCAACGGCUCAAGGCGGGCGUCCCCUUCUUCGAGUCCUCCCCGAUGCUCUACGACGUCUCGCAAUCGAUGCCCUCCUGGGACCGGGUGGCGAAGGGCCUCCUACGCCUCUACAAGGGGGAGGUCCUGGACAAGAGGGUGGUGGUCCAGCACUUUGUCUUUUCCGGCCUCUUUCCCUGCACCUGGACGCCCUCCCGGUCGGGGGAGGAGGCCCCGCCGACCGAGACCUUUCGGGGGGGCCUCCCCCAAGGGGCACCCCCCGGCGGGGUGGUUCCCACCCGCGCGCCGUGGGCCGGGCCGCGGUAGAAUCGAACGCCGGGCCGAUGGAUGCCGCGGGCUGCCACGGCUCCCCGGAAGAACGACGGCCGGAACGAUGCGGGACAGACAAAAACAAUAGUGGAAUACAGUACAAUACUACAGCAAUAGACUCUCCAGAUUACA